AUGCCGGACUCAAAGCGAGGGUUUGGGAUUGCAGUUUCUGGUGGCAGAGACAACCCUCAUUUUGAAAAUGGCGAAACAUCCAUAGUUGUGUCAGAUGUCCUUGCAGGUGGCCCAGCAGAUGGAUUACUUCAAGAGAACGAUAGAGUGGUUAUGGUUAAUAAUACACCCAUGGAAAAUGUGGCCCAUUCUUUUGCUGUGCAGCAGUUAAGGAAAAGUGGGAAAGUGGCUACCAUUAUAGUUAAAAGAGCUCGCCAAGUGCAGCUCCCAGCUGUGAGAAGAAGCCCCUCUCUGGACUAUGACUACCGGGCCUUUGAAGUUAUGGAUAGUCGUGCCGAUUUUGAUGGCAGAAGCACUCGAAGUGGCUACAGUGAAAGGAGUUGGUAUAGUGGGAAUGGGGGCCGGAGCCAGAGCUGGGGAGACCACCUGGACCAGGGCUACAGGACUGGCCGCGACCGGGGGCGCCAGCACAGCAGAGAGCGCAGCUACAGUCGCGAUCAAAAUCGCGGCCGGAGCAUGGACAGAGAGAGGAGCUUCGACCACGAAUACCAAAGACCCCGAAGCAGAGGCAGGAGCGUGGAUAGAGAGGAUGAAUAUGACCGGCGCUAUGGUGGCGGUCGGAGUGUGCCCCGAGACUACGACUGGAGAACCCGUCUUGAAGCCCCUCGUGAGAGGGAAGCCAAGAGCGGGAGCAGAGACCGGCUUAAUUCCCGCAGCCCUUCCCCUGAAUUGCAGCCUCAGUAUGACUAUGGAGCACAUCAGGACCCCAGUGGGCCAGUUAAUGUUCUCCUCACAAAAAGCAGAUCAAAUGAAGGCAAGUGCCCAGCAUCUUUUGAAUAUGGCCUUCGACUUGGAAGUCAGAUUUUCAUCAAAGAAAUGACCAGCACGGGGCUGGCAACCAAGGAUGGCAAUUUGCACGAAGGGGACAUCAUUCUCAAAAUCAAUGGUACAGUGACAGAGAAUAUGUCUUUAUUUGAUGCCAGAAAAUUGAUUGAGAAAUCAAGAGGAAAACUCCAGUUGGUUGUCCUAAGGGACAGAAAACAAACCCUAAUCAACAUCCCUUCCAUGCAUGACAGCGAGUCAGAAAUAGAAGAUAUUUCUGAAAUAGAGUCAAACAGGUCUUGCUCCCCUCAGGAAGAUAGGAGGCUGCACCAUUCAGAUUUAGAUUCUCAUUCUUCCAACGAAAAGCUAAAGGAAAAACAGAGUGCAAAAGAAGAUCCAGCCAGCAGACUAUCCAAAAUGGGAGCAACGCCUACGCCUUUUAGAUCAACCGGUGAUCUCACUGCUGCUUUAAUCCCAGAGACAAAUAGUGAACCCAAGUACCAAGAUGAUCCUCCAGCAUUCACGCGCCCUCUCCACCUCUCCAAGCCGUCCUCCAAAUCCGGCAGGAAGAGAGACUGGCACGCAAAAGCUUUUUCAGAACACAAAAAACAGAACAGUAGUUUGCUACCACCACUUCCUUAUCUCAGAACAGCCCCCAAAAAUCCUGGUACAAAGAUGGUGAAGUUCAAGAAAGGUGACAGCGUGGGCAUCAGGCUGGCAGGUGGGAAUGAUGUAGGAAUAUUUGUUGCUGGAAUUCAAGAAGGUACCUCUGCAGAGCAGGAAGGCCUACAAGAGGGAGACCAGAUUCUUAAGGUAAACACUCAAGACUUCAGAGGUAUUAUUCGAGAGGAUGCUGUUCUGUACCUGUUGGAGAUUCCAAAAGGAGAUAUUGUGACAAUUCUGGCCCAGAGCAAAUAUGAUGUUUACAGAGAUAUAAUGGCCUGCGGCCGAGGAGAUUCUUUCUUCAUAAGGACACAUUUUGAAUGUGAAAAGGAAAUGCCACAAAGCUUAGCCUUCACCAGAGGGGAGGUCUUCCGAGUGGUCGAUACACUGUAUGAUGGAAAACUGGGUCACUGGCUGGCUGUGCGGAUUGAGAGCGAGUUGGAGAAGGGCCUGAUUCCAAACAAAAGCAGGGCUGAGCAGAUGGCCAGUGUUCAAAAUGCUCAGAGAGAUGGCUCCAGUGACAGGGCAGACUUCUGGCGGAUGCGUGGCCAACGGUCUGGAAUGAAAAAGAAUCUAAAGAAGAGCCGUGAAGAUUUGACAGCAAUUGCAUCUGUUAGCACAAAAUUUCCAGCCUAUGAGCGAGUCAUGCUCCGGGAGGACGUAGCAAUGGAGAAACUUUGCAAUGACUUGCCUGAGAUGUAUCAUGCUGCCAAAACCGAGCCUAAAGAUGCAGGCUCAGAAAAGUCCACCGGCGUUGUGCGUUUGAAUACUGUGAGGCAAAUCAUUGAGCAGGAUAAACAUGCUCUAUUGGAUGUGACCCCAAAAGCCGUGGAUCUGUUAAACUACACCCAGUGGUUCCCAAUUGUAGUUUUUUUCAACCCAGAUAGCAAGCAGGGUGUGAAAGUCAUGAGGCAAAGGCUAAUUCCCACCUCCAACAAGAGCGCACGGAAGUUGUAUGACCAAGCAAAUAAGCUGAAGAGGACCUGCUCGCAUCUUUUCACAGCUACUAUUGAUCUAAAUUCAGCCAAUGAUGGUUGGUAUGGCAGCUUAAAAGAUACUAUUCAGCAACAACAAGGCGAAGCCGUGUGGGUCUCCGAAGGAAAGCUGGAAGGAAUGGAUGAUGACCUGGAAGACCGUAUGUCAUACUUAACAGCGAUGGGCGCUGACUAUCUGAGCUGUGACAGCCGACUGGUCAGUGACAUGGAAGACACCGAUGGAGAAGGCGGGGCUUACACAGACAACGAACUUGAUGAGCCAAUCAACGAGCCCAGAGUUUCCUCCAUUAGUCGGUCCUCCGAGCCCGUGCAGCAGCAGGAGGAGGAGAGUUUAAGGAAAUCCAGCCCAGAACCAAGAACUCAAAUGAGAAGAGCUGGUAGCAGGGAAGUUCUGAGAGAUCCCAGCCCACCUCCAGCAUUCAAGCCUGAACCCCCAAAGGGUAAACUGCAAAACAGAGAAGAUCCCUAUGAUAUCCCUAAGAAUUACGAAGCCAGAACAGGCAGCCCUAAUGCUUCUAGCAGUGAAACUUAUGGAGUACCAAUGAAAGUGGCCCCUCCCCCAAUAGCCAUCAAACCUACUUUUGGGCGCCCCAUAUUGAAAUCGUCUCAGCCACCUGUCCCAUCAACGGAGGUGGAGGAGAAAUCGGAGGAGGGGAUAGAAGAACCAGGGAACACACCAAAAUCUGUGCUGGGGAAAGUUAAAAUAUUUGAGAAAAUGGACCACAAAGCAAGACUUCAACGAAUGCAAGAACUACAAGAAGCACAAAAUGCCAGGGUGGAAAUAGCUCAGAGACACCCAGACAUUUAUGCUGUCCCAAUCAAGACACAAAAACCAGACUGGACCCAGGCUGCCAGGCAGAAAUCCUGCCUGGUUCUUGUGGAUAUAUUUCGAUAA